AAUUUUCAUUGUACGGUAGAACACUAGGUGUUCGUACUGUGUACGGUAGGGCAUUUCUUUGUACGGUCGAUCGUGGGGAGGCCGUUAAGGGGGCAGGGGGUUUUUAAAAACUCGGCGUUAAGGGUUUAAAAGUUUUUUUAGGGCUGAGGUGCAAUGUAGCUGGAGCUGGCCGCGAGAGCGCUCGAUCCAUGGCGAAGGCCGCGUCGCCGGGGGCGGAUUUGGGGAAGAAGGGGAUGGCUUCCCGAAUCUGGUGCGUGCUGGACUCGAAUGGGGAGCCGGUGACGCUGGACAUGGACAAGGCGGCGGUGAUGCACCGGGCGGGGAUCCAUGCUCGGGAUUUGCGCAUUCUGGACCCGCUUCUGUCGUAUCCAUCCACGAUUCUAGGUCGGGAGAGGGCGAUUGUGCUCAAUUUGGAGCAUAUCAAAGCGAUCAUCACUGCCGAGGAGGUGCUACUCCGCAAUCCAACCAACGAGCAUGUCAUUCCAAUUGUGGAGGAACUACGUCGACGCUUGCCUCUCCAGACUCUGGAAAAUGGAGCCGAGGCUCUCGCGCUUUUGGAGAGAACAGACAGCAAAAAAUCCGGAAGAAAGUCAAGCGUGCAAAGUGACCCCGAACGGGGUGAAGUCACCCCUUUCGAGUUUCGGGCCUUGGAAGUAGCACUGGAAGCGAUUUGCAGCUUUUUGGACGCACGAACAACCGAGUUGGAAACUUCGGCAUACCCGGCUCUAGACGAGCUCACGUCAAAGAUCAGCAGCCGGAACUUGGAUCGUGUCAGGAAGUUGAAGAGUGGAAUGACUCGGCUCAUUUCUCGUGUCCAAAAGGUAAGAGACGAGCUUGAGCAACUCUUAGAUGACGAUGACGAUAUGGCCGAGCUAUUCCUCACGAGAAAGGCAGGCUCCUCGACACUAACUCCAGCCUUGCUGAGUAAUUUUCCUGCGUCGCCAGUGCUUGGCUCAAAGCUUUCGGCAGUGAGCAGAACAAAGUCUCUUGCCUCUACUCACGGCAGUGACGACGAUGUUGAAGAAGUGGAAAUGCUGCUCGAGGUACUCAGCUUGCGUACAACACGGUUUAUUUGCUUUUGCUUACACUUAGACAUGGUUUCUUUUAUUCAGUGCUACUUCAUGCAAGUGGAUGGUACUCUGAACAAGCUUAACACGCUUCGUGAAUACAUAGAUGACACGGAAGACUACAUAAAUAUCCAGCUUGACAACCACCGCAAUCAACUUAUACAGUUGGAGCUAGUUCUCAACGCGGCUACGCUGGCAAUGGCGUUGUAUUCGCUGGUGGCUGGAAUUUUUGGGAUGAACAUACCUUAUCCCUGGAACGACGACCACGCCUACAUUUUUAAAUGGGUCGUGGUUGCGGGGUGUAUGCUUUGCGUUGGUUUGUUCUCCAUCGUCAUGGCCUACGCUCGCCAUAAAGGCCUCGUUGGGACGUGAAGAAAAGAUUUUCCGGCUGUAAAUAAUUCAUAGAAUCAAAAAUCUUCUGACCGAGAGCUUGGCUCUA